AUGCACCAUGACGAGCAUGAGCAUGAGCAUGCCUCCGCUGGCCACGACAAGGGAGCCCCCUCCGGCAUGGUGGGCUUCGACUCGCACACUCAGGCCACCGCGGGCGGAUAUUUCACCAGCGGCCGAUUCAUCGGGUCGAUGCUCGCCAUUGGAUUCUCCAUCGCCAGUGGAGCGGGAACGUUCAGCCUGCCCGCCGCCAUCCUGUCCUCGAUCGACGCCGACAUAGGGCCUGACAAGAACAUCGUCUGGGUCUCGUACAUGGGCGUCCUCGGCUUGGCCGUCGGGCUGCCCCUGGUGGCCAGACUGUCCGACAUCUUCGGCCGCCGGUGGUACUACCUGGGAGGGAAUUUCUUCAUGCUGGUGGGCGCCAUCGUGUGUGCCACGGCCAAGAGCGUGCCGACGUUGGUCGGAGGCACGGUGAUCCUGAGCGUCGCGUCGGGCGCGGCCUUUUCCUUCUCCUUCCUUAUCAACGAGAUCGUGCCCAUGAAAUAUCGCUUCAUCGGCACGGCGUCGGGCUACCUCUUUGCUUUGCCCACCUCUGGGUUUGGCGCGGCGGUCGCCAUCUCUUUGGCGGCAAAGUCACCUGGAGGCUGGCGAUGGGUGUACUACCUCAUGAUGAUCCUGGACGGCAUCGCGCUGUUCUUCUUCUACUUCUUCUACCAUCCCCCGACCUUCAAGAUGAAGCAGGGCGAGCGCAGCAAACUCCAGAUGCUCAAGGACUUGGACUUUGUCGGCAUGUUCCUCUUCUCCGUCGGCAUUGUCAUUUUCCUCCUCGGUCUGUCAUGGGGCGGUGUGACGGAGCCCUGGAAGUCCGCCGGAGUCAUUGCCCCCAUUGUGCUCGGCGUGGCCACGCUGGCCGCCUUUGUCGCCUGGGAGAUUUACUGGCCUCUGAAGCAGCCCAUGGUGCCCAAGCACCUGUUCAACGAUCGAGACUGGGUGGUGGCAGCUCUGCUACUGGCCUUCGCAGCCAGCAUCUACUAUGCGCUGGCCAUUGUCUGGCCCCAAGCGGUGGUCGCAUUGUACGCCGAAGGGCACGGCACACAUGCUCUGCUUUCAGCUGCCUCCACCAUCCCUUACCUAGGCGGCCAGAUCACCGGCGGCUUGCUCUGCAAGCAAAUCGGACGGCUGAAAUGGCAGUGUUUCACCAUUGCGUUGGUGGGGGGAACCUUGCUCGCCUGCCUCGCAACCACCGGUCCGCAUGAUAUGCCCACGGCGUUAGGCUUGCUCAUCUCCGGCGUCUUCUGUAUGGGGUGGAUGGAAAGCAUCACGCAAACAUUGGUGGGCAUCUGCGUCCGAAAUCAAAAGGAAAUCGGCACCGCUGUGGGCAUGGCCGGUUCAGUCCGCUCGGUGAUCUCGACCAUAGCCUCGACCAUCUAUAUCAUUGUGCUCGACAACCGCCUGAAAAAGACCCUGCCGGGAGCCGUUGUCCCUGCGGUUGAGAGAGCGGGCCUCCCUGCUUCCUCGAUCCCGGCCCUCAUGGCCGCUCUCGCCACCAACUCAGAAAGCGCCUAUGAUGCAGUCAAGGGCCUGACCCCCCAGAUUUUGAGUGUAGCACAGAACGCCUACAAGGAAGGGUCCUCGAGGGCGUAUUCGACAGUGUUUUUAGUCACCCUCGCCGUCAGUGGACUUUCGGUGGUGCUGUCCUUGAUUGCCCCUAACGUGGACCAUCUCAUGACCAACCAUGUAGCAGUGAUGCUGCAGCACCAGAAGAAGGACGAGGGACCGAAGAAGGAGGGAGAGCUGAGCGAGCUGCAGGCGUGA